AUGGUUCAGUACAAUGGCUUUUGCAGCUGCUGUUACUGCAUGGUUUUGGGAAUGUCUUGCAAAUCAAGUGUGAAAAGAAGGACACAGGGGAAGAGUUACAGUUUUUCCUUUCAAUUUUGAAUCAAACAAUGGACUUGCUAAAGAACGCACAAAAGAAAGUAUGGUUGCAGAUGGCUUGCAGUUUCUGCAGGGUACAUCAGGAGGAAAACCUGUAAGUUAGUGUACUGUCAUUAAAUGUCAUGAAAUGAUUUAGUCUACUUCAUAUAUACCUUUAUCCUGGGUGUUAGUGUUUGUUUUUUUUGUUGUUUUUUUUCGCACAUUGAAGACCCUACAUUCACAGAGUGUCGAAGUUGUAUUAUACUAUUGUCAUUUUCUAAUGGGGUUUCUGAAUCAUCACAAGAAUUUUCAAUACCUCAAGGAGCCUUAUAAGCAUUAAUUUUUGUAAUUUCACUUAGAUUUAGAAACCUACAUAGAAAACUAUGACUAAUACAUAUGAAACAUUUAACACAAAAAUAAAAUACGAAAUGUACUGUUCUAGUCGACCUUACACUACAGUGUACAGUAGACCUUAGUUUAAUUGACAUCUACAUGUACAUCUAUAAAGUGCACUUUCAUAAUUAUUUGUUUUCUUACAUUUUCUUAGGUAAAUGGGAUGAAAGGUGUUUGCCAGUUUGCAAGCCUUAAACACUAUGAUAUCAGUAAAGGUGUUUGCCUGGAUUACAUGCAUGGGGUCCUGCUUGGAGUUACACGACAAUUGAUGGCCCUGUGGUUUGAUUCAAAACACAAGGACCAACCUUGGUACUGUGGUGAUCGUGUCAGUAUUAUUGAUGAGCGUCUUUGUAGUAUCCAUCCACCCAUGAAUAUCACAAGAACACCCAGACCUAUUGAAACUCAUCGCAAGUAUUUUAAAGGUAUAAUAUCCAUUAAGUCUACAUAUGUGAUAGAUGAGCAUACAGUCGUGUACUGUUUAAAGUAGGCAUGUUUUCUUGUAAUACAUAUACCCUAUGGUUCUUUUUUUUUCACAGCAACCGAAUACCGAAAUUGGCUGUUUUACUACAGCGUUCCUUGCCUGGUUGGUGUUCUUCCCGAUGUUUAUCUUCACCACUUCAUGCUUCUUGCAUUUAGUGUGUGGCUGGUGAAUCAGCAGACUAUUUCACCAGAAGAAGUCAAUCAGAGUGGAAACCUUCUGGCAAAAUUUGUGAUGCUGAUGGAUGCCCUCUAUUGUGAGUAUUUAACUGCUUCAUUUGGGCCUCCAUGCAUUAACUUUUGUUGAGAUCAAUGUAUUUGUCAAUUAAUAGUUAAUUAUUUUGACACCAUGGUGGCUUUUACAGCUAGUGAAAUGGGGUGUUUGCAUUUUUUUUUUCAGCUGAGCGUCAUAUGACCAUCAAUAUCCAUAAUUUGCUUCACAUACAUGCAUCAGUUCACAAUCUUGGACCACUGUGGGCAAAUUCAACUUUUGACUUUGAGGAUGCAAAUGGGGAGUUAACUGCGCUUUUCCAUGGCACCCAGAACAUAGAUAUGCAGGUGAUCAAAAUAGCAAGAAUCAAUAAUACUGUGCUCAUAAAAUAUAUAUUUGAAAGGUAUCUAAAAGCAAGUCUAAUAAUUAAUUUACUCAUUGAUCAAUAAGAUGUAUGGAAGGAUUCUUUUGAUCUUUUGUAGAUAGCAUCCUCAGUCUCUGCAGUCAAAAUUGCUCCAGACCUUGCGCGGAAAUUGGACAAAGACUCUCCUAGUUACAGUUUGUACAGAAGGAUGAAAUUUGGAAAAGAACAGAAGUAUGUAUGGCAGUAGUAUGUUUCAAAUACUAUAUUGAUUUAGCUUUAAAAUCAAUAACAGUGACGUGUUCAUAGUCCAUAAGACUCAAAAGUAACAUGAUUCUAACCCUGUUAAUACCUUAGUUUAGUUCGUUCUUAUUGGUCGAUAUACAUUAAGCCAUUGGUAAAAAAAAAAUUGAUAUGUUUUUUUAUGCAUUUAAGGUCAACAAAGCUUGAGGAUGGAGUGCAUUUACUUGGUGCUUUUACUGACUUUGAGGUCCCAGAAACUAUAGAGCAGCAUAUCAAGGAUUUCACUGGAGAUUUGGCUCUGGGAAGAUGCCAGAGUUUUAAGAGGGCAAUCAUUCGUGGUGAAGUAUUUCACUCUAAAUCAUAUGGCCGUGUUUCCAGAAGAAACAGUUACACUGUAACCUAUGAAGACAGUCAGAAGAGGAGGGAAUGUGGUCAAAUACAGUAUUUUGUGAAACAUACACCCAUUUGCCAACGUGCUUGUAUUGCCUUAUGCCAGUGCAACAAAGAUCAACACUUUGCCAUUGUUGUGCACAUGGAACCAUUAAGAGAUUCUAACCUUCUGGAAAAAGCUGGAAUUGAAGGAAUCCAGAAGCAGCUUCAGAUCAUGCAGAAGCCAAGGUACACAAACAUGUCAAAUGUCCUAUCUGUGUUUAAACCAUUGGAUAAAUUAAUUGUGCAGUUAAGUUUUUGCUUUUGGAAAAUCUUUUUUUUUUAAUAUCACACUUACAUACCAAGCAUCAGAAUUUGUUUGAUCCGAUUUCUACCAACCAUCCAGAUAAUGGGUCUCCUAAUAGCUACGGUACAAUUGGGCAGUUGGAGUAUUGAAACAUCAGAACACAAGAUGCGUCAUGUAUUUACUGUUGAUGACUAUAUAACCACUACACUGUCACAAUCAUCUAUUAAUGCAAUAAUAUGUCAAUGCAGCAACUUUGCUAACUUCACAGUGUACGUUGAAAUAAGAACUUGGAUCAAUAGCAUUAUCCAAGGGUACAAAUUAUUGUUUAAGAAAUACAAAUAUACCUGUAUAUAAAUGUAGGUUUUGGUAAUAAAACAAAAGAACUUAAUUACUUUAUGGCUAAAAGAUGGACAGCGAUAUUGAGAUCUUUUGUUUUGUUCCGCAUCUUAAAAAUGGCCUCAUUUUGUAUUUCCUACCUCAUUUUCUUUUUAUUUCUUUCAGAAUGGAAAAUGUUGAUGUCAUCCCAAUCAGGAACAUCUUACAUAAAUGUGUUUUUAUAGAUGUUAAGGAUGCUGAUGAUUGUGUUUAUGUGACCCACUUCCCGAAUUUCAUUGAAACAGACUGAAACAAUUGGAGCUGGAAAUUGUUGUGUGAUACCUUUAAUUAAUGUAAAUAUAUGCAUAUGCAAAAAAAAGUAUGUACAUCAAUAAUUUGGACUAUGACUGAAAAAUAACUCGAUCGGUGCUCAAACUCGCUCUGUGACAUAUAUUGUAAUAUUUAUUAAGUCAAUAAGGCUCCCCCCCGGCCCCCCACGUCCCCCCACUGACACUUGCUAGUUUUCUAGGGUUUCAUUUUUUUUAAUACUCCCUUCUGGUGCCAUCAAGUAUGUCACAUGUAUGUUGAGUGGUCCCAAGUGCCUUUUAUGCAUGCACAUUAAUUAAUAUAUAUAUAAUCAUACUGCACUUCUACAUGUAUGUCACAUAUAUGUUAAAUUAUCCUGAAAGAUAUUACAUAUAUGUAACAUAUAUGCAUGGUCAUUUCAAAACUUUUACAUAUAUGUCACAUAUAUGUCUUAUCAUCCUAUGAGAUAUUACAUAUAUGUAACAUAUAUGUAUAGGCACUUCAAAACUUCUACAUAUAUGUCACAUAUAUGUACAGUUAUUUGACAUAUAUAUGUUACAGCUACAUAUACGUCACAUAUAUGCAACAUAUAUGUGGUUUUGGUAAGGGU